AUGCCGCUGCCCUACCUUGCAGGGCUCUGGGACGCAGUUCUGAGGCAAGGUGCGGGAACGUUCUCGGCCUCCCCGCUUUGGUCUGCGUUGCGCAAGUGGUUCGGGACUGCAGGGAUGCCCGACUCCCCUUCCCCGAGCUACGUGGCUUUGCAUCUCCCCUCCAAGGAGUCCUUAAACCUUCCGGUCUCUGCCUCGCGCAGGAUCAUCCACCUGCCCCUCCACCCCAUCCUGAAUUCCCCAACAUGCGAAGACCUCAAUGCCACCCGGCUGAUGCUCACCUCCCGCGGGCUGCCUGUCUCCUUCCUCGGGGCACCCUUAGGUCUGUGGCCCACUGAUUGCCCCCGCCUCACCCCACCAAGGUCCCCGCACCCCAUCCUGAAGCAGCAGCCCCUCCCUGAACCUACGGCCGGAGGUUGCCCCACUGAUGACGCGCUGUGCCGGUCCAGCCGCCGCUCAGAGGCGCCGAGCGGAGCUGCGGAGCGGAGCGGUCGAAGGCAGCUGCCGGCAGAGGAGCUCCGAUUCCGCCCUCCUGCUCUACUACUAGCAGCAAGCGCCACCCGCUUCCAGACCUCUGCAGCUUUGAAGCACCGGAGGAGUUCCCGCGCCGCGGACGAGUGUGCCUCUGGGCGCGUGCAGAGGGCGUCCCCCGACCGACCGGCCGACCGACCGACCGACGUUGUUUGCGGAGAGUCCCGAGACCGUCCACUGCCAGUUAUGGAGAACGCCAUGAGUGUCUCCUCCCGCCAGUCCCUGUAUUCGGCGGAGAGCGCCACCAGCGAGGAAGAGGAGGAGGAGCACGAGCUUGAGGUCUUCCUUUUGGACAGUGGGAGUGACGUGGAGAAGGAGACGGGCCCCGUGCAGCACCAGCGAGACGCGUACUCAGAUCGGCAGGCGCUUCUCUUCUCACCGGGAUCAGGACGGACUAGCCCUGGCCUGGUUUGCCGGGACCACAAGUGCCGGACACGGAAGCCACUUGGCUUGCUGGCUUCUGCCAGGCUGCGGCCCACCGGCCCCCGCCACCGUCCCCCCACGGCGCUUGAGGGGGCAUACUGCAUGCAUCUGAUGGAUACAGGCGGCAGCUUGCCCAGGCAGCCCGUGAUCCAAACGAGGACCAAGGGUGGCGGACGCAAACGCCCGAGCGGUGGUGCUGUAGCAGGCGGCCAGGGCCACACGACGCGUGUGCCACAGCCUUCUCUGCGUGGAGGAAAGAAGCCACGGAAUGAGGAACCGGCUGCGCAGGAGGAUCCACACACGCUCUGCUGGCCUGAGGGGGACCUCCUCUUCGCACGAAAGUGUCAGGAACUCCAGGGCUUUGUCCAGCCUCUGAUAGAGCUUCUCAGCAGGCUGAAAAUGGGCCGCUUUGCCCAAGGGCUCAGCAGCUUUCAGCAGAGUGUGGCCAUGGACAGGAUUCAGCGGAUCAUCGGAGUCCUACAGAAACCAGAGAUGGGUGGGCGGUAUCUGGGCACCCUGUUACAGGUGGAGAGGAUGCUGAAGCUUUGGUUCCCCCGUGUCACCUUGAAGAACUCGUGUGCCGACUGCGGGGCAGCAGCGGAGACGGCCGAGGAGAGAGACAAGCCCUCCAUGGAAGAGAACGUGGCCAGCAAGUGGGCCGCGUCCACCCCAAGCUCCGUGCGGAGCCCUCCCGGGGGGAAGCCUCUUGUGAGCCCUGCCUCCCCUGACAGCACCCCCGGCACUCCCUGGGCAGAACCAGCACCGUUUCUGGCCGACUGGCCUGCCAUGAACUUGACCUGGAUUCACACUGCCCCCAUUUCAACCCCCCCCUUGGGGCAGGUGGACUUCAGCCAGAUGGGCUCCACCAUCAAGCAGGCCUUGCUGGGGCCCAGCAUGAGUGCCUAUGGAGUUGUUGUCUUCUUCCAGAACAACCUUGCCACCCUGGGUCCCUACGACCACACCUCCCCGGCCUCUUGCCAUUCCAACACACCCCUUCCGGGCUCUGCGGAGCAUCCUCGGUGCCGGAGCUUGCCGGGCCCCACGGUGGCAGGGAGCCAGCUUCCCAGAGGGACUCUUGACCGCUUCUCAAGGUCUCUGCCCCGUUUGCCUACAUCCAGUGAAGAACGACAGAAAAUGGGCAGUGGAACAUCUCCGUAUUCCAGCAGCUCCUGAUACUCUGUUACAUGCAUUUCCCAAAUGGUGUGAAUUUUCUUCCCCCUUCCCCUUUUUUUAAAACAAAUGUUUGCCUUCCCUUUGUUUUUGUUUUGUUUUGUUAACUUAAAUAAUUUCAUAUGCAUUAAAGAAUGGAUGCAAAACUUGGUCAUCCAUCAGGCCGAGAGGGAAACAGGUCUGGGUUUCAAUAAAGGCACUGCAGUGGUUGCCAA